AUGGCUAAUACUGAGGAACAAGUCUUCCUGACAUUCGAACUAUUCCCUGAUAUGGGACAGUUCUAUGAGCUAGAGGCAAGCCUGAAUGAUAAUACACAUGAAGAAGAGAAAUUGCUGGAAUGGGCACAUACAAAAAUUGGAACCUUACAAUCUAGAUUAGAAUCCUUACAGGUAUCAAAAGGUGGGAAAUUAAAUAAAAGAAGCACAGACGUUGCGUACUUUCCUGCUCAUAUCAUUUUAAGUUUGGCGAAUGAUGUGUUUGGGUAUAAUGGAUGGUCUUCUGAAGUUUUGGAGUGCAACUUCGAAAACUUGGAUACAAGUAGUGAUAUGACCUCGUUCUCCAUUAGAGUUUACGUAAAAGUUAGAAUCACUUUAAGAGAUGGCUUUCAAAGCGAGGCAGAGGGGAUCGGAGAAGCGAAUAAUUUACCAUUUAAAUAUAUGUGUUACAACAGUGGCAAAAAGCAAGCAAUGACAGACGCUACUAAGAGAGCCAUUAUUGGGCUUGGGGAAGUUUUGAUAAAUUCAGAAAAAUAG